AUGCAGCUCAAACUAGACCUUGAAAAAGGUGACACCAAGAAGAAGAUUGAAGCACUCAAGAAAACAAUCAGUAUUAUCUUAUCUGGCGAAAAGAUUCCUGGGCUUCUGAUGAUAAUCAUCAGGUUUGUCCUGCCUCUUCAAGAUCAUACUAUCAAGAAACUCUUACUCAUUUUCUGGGAGAUUGUCCCCAAAACCACACCAGAUGGCAAACUGUUACAAGAAAUGAUUCUUGUUUGUGAUGCCUACAGGAAGGACUUGCAACAUCCUAAUGAGUUUAUUAGGGGAUCAACACUGAGAUUUUUGUGCAAGCUCAAAGAGCCUGAUCUACUGGAGCCUCUGAUGCCAGCCAUCAGAGCUUGCUUGGAACAUCGUCAUUCAUAUGUACGAAGAAAUGCAGUGCUUGCCAUUUUUACCAUUUAUAGGAACUUUGAAUUCCUUAUUCCCGAUGCACCAGAGUUGAUAGCAAACUUCCUUGAAGGUGAGCAGGACAUGUCCUGUAAAAGAAAUGCAUUUCUGAUGUUGUUGCAUGCCGACCAAGAGAAAGCCCUGUCAUAUCUCUCGUCAAGAUUAGACAAUGUCCAUGGCUUUGGUGAUAUCUUGCAACUGGUCAUUGUGGAACUUAUUUAUAAGGUGUGCCACGCGAAUCCCUCGGAGCGUUCCCGUUUCAUCCGCACCGUGUACGGCCUGCUGAACGCCCCGAGCGCAGCCGUUCGCUACGAGGCGGCUGGAACACUUGUCACGCUAUCCAACGCACCGGCAGCCAUUAAGGCGGCGGCGGCGUGCUACAUCGACCUGAUCGUGAAAGAGAGCGACAACAACGUGAAGCUGAUCGUGGUGGGGCGGCUGAGCGCGUUGCGCGCCGAGGGCGGGGAGGCGGCCGCUCGCGCUUUGCCCGACCUCGCCAUGGACGUGCUCAGGGUGCUCGCCGCCUCCGACCUGGACGUGCGCCGCCACACGCUGCAGCUGGCCCUGGACCUGGUGGGGCCGCGCCACGCCGAGGAGCUGGUGGCGGUGCUGCGCAAGGAGGCGGCGCGCGCCCACCACGCGGACCACGACGACGCCGCCAAGUACAGGCAGCUGCUCGUGCGCGCGAUGCACCGCGCCGCGCUCAAGUUCCCCGAGGUGGCGGGCAGCGUGUGCCCCGCCCUGCUGGAGAUGGUGGGCGACGGGGCGGAGCCGGCCGCGCACGACGUCAUGCUGUUCCUGCGCAGCGCCCUGCACACCUUCCCGGACCUCAGGGACCUCAUCUACCAGAAGCUGCUAGAGUGCAUAAGCAACAUCCGCGUGGGCAAGAUCGCCCGCUCCGCCCUGUGGCUGGUGGCGGAGUUCGCAGACGGCCCGGAGAGGGCCCAGGCCGCCUUGGAGGUGCUCGCCUCCGUCAUCCCCGCGCCCUCUGGCGACGAACCCAACAAGGAGGAAGAGAGUAAUGCGUUGACCCAGAAGUCAGAGGCUCCAUCACGUCAGCUGGUAACAAGCGAUGGAACUUAUGCAUCGCAGUCCGCUUUCAACUUACCCGUAGCGGCGGGCGCGGAGGGCGGUGCGGGAGGGGCGGGGGCGGGGCUCCGCGCGGCGCUCUGCGACGGCGAGAGCUUCACCGCGGCGUGCGCCUGCUCCGCGCUGGCCAAGCUGGCGCUGCGCCUGCCCAGGGCCGCCGCCGCCAAGGCGCUGCACCGCGCCGCCGCGCUGCUCGCCCACCACAAGCUGCACCCCGGCGCGGGGGCGGGGCUGACGGCGGACGACGUGGAGCACGCGGUGGCGUGCGUGCGUGCAGCGGCCGAGCGGCCCGCAGCGCUGCACGAGGCGCUGCUGCAGCAGUCGCGGUGCGCGCUGCAAGCGCUGCUGGCGCUGCCCGAGCGCAACGCCGCCGCGCUGCUGCCCAUCCCGCAGGAGCCGGUGGCCGCGGCGCCCCGCGCCGUGCAGGUGGAGACAGGCAUCGCGUUCCCGCAGCUGGCGCUCGCCGGCGCCACCGCCCACCACCACGACAUGUUCGAGCUGUCGCUCUCCAGGGCGCUGCAAGGGCGGGGCAGCGGCGGCGGGGCCGGCGCGGGGCGCGGCAAGGCCAACAAGGUGACGCAGCUGACGGGCUUCUCGGACCCCGUGUACGCGGAGGCCAUCGUCACCGUCAACCAGUACGACAUCGUGCUGGACGUGCUCGUCGUCAACCAGACAGACGACACGCUGCAGAACUGCACGGUGGAGCUGGCCACCCUGGGCGAGCUGCGGCUGGUGGAGCGGCCGGCGGGCGUGGUGCUGGCGCCCCGGGACUACGCCGCCAUCCGCGCCCACGUCAAGGUGGCCUCCACCGAGAACGGCAUCAUCUUCGGCAACAUCGUGUACGAGGUGUCCGGGGCGUCGAUGGACCGCGGCGUGGUGGUGCUCAACGACAUCCACAUCGACAUCGUGGACUACAUCCAGCCGGCGCUCUGCGGCGACGCCGAGUUCAGGCAGAUGUGGGCCGAGUUCGAGUGGGAGAACAAGGUGUCGGUCAAUACGAAUAUCACCGAUUUACGCGAAUACCUUGACCACCUGUUGGCGUCCACCAACAUGAAAUGUUUGACACCUGAUAAGGCGCUGUCGGGCCAGUGCGGCUUCCUGGCCGCCAACCUGUACGCGCGCUCCAUCUUCGGCGAGGACGCGCUGGCCAACGUGAGCGUGGAGACGCCGCCGCACCGCCACGCCGCGCCCGUCGUCGGACACGUGCGCAUCCGCGCCAAGACGCAGGGCAUGGCGCUAAGCUUGGGCGACAAGAUCAACAUGAUGCAGAAGUCGCCACCAAAGGCCGCCCCCACCCCCGCCGCC